UGACAGCGGUCCGUUCCGCCCUUCCUGUUUGCUGCAGCGAGGUCCUUCUUAGGUGAUGACCACCUGAGGGGGCGGAGCCAGGAGGAUCUGAAACAGCUGCCUCUGAUUGGAAAGUGAUAAAACAUUCAUCUUCAGGAAAUAGAGUAAUCCAGUCCAAUAAUAGCUGAGAUACUGCUCCACUUAAAUACGCAUUUUUGAUCCCAAUUAUCACACUUUAUAGGAAAGACCAAAUUUACAGCAAAAAACUAUGAACAGUAAAUGCAAGUCAUAUUGGCACAUGAAUUUAUUGGAAUUGGUUUAAAAUUUCAUUAAAUAGAAUAGAAUAGAAGUACUUUAUUCAUCCCAGCAGGGAAAUUAUUUCGCAGUUACAGCAGCAUAGAGACAAGACACACAACAUCCACUGAGUAGCAAAGUAAAGUAAAGAAGACAAAUUUAUGCUUGGUAAUUUAAGAUUCACUGUUUUUUGUUUUACUACCAACUACAAAUUAUUGAGGCGAAUAAUCAGUUUCAAACAGAGACAAAAUCUAUUUGCACGUCAAAUAUAAACUAUAAACGCCUUUUAAAUAAUCAAAAAUCCCAUAAUUGCUUACAUGACCCUCCCAAUAUGGCAGACAUGUUAACGUCUCGCUGAUGCGCUGUGUGGGCGGGACUUCCUGGUGUUCUACUCCGUGAUUGGCGGCUCCAGCCUCUGACCCCAGUGCGCAGACUCGUGCUUCUCUCCGGUACAAUGGCGGCAGUUGGAGCGCUGUCCUCCGUGUUUUCUCGGGUUUCUGUCCACGGAGCAGCAGCGGGAGAGUUAAUAAAGCUGUAAGACAGAAACAGCAGCAGUUGGUGAACCCUGGAAAGAAGAGAAACGGUUUGAGGCUCAGCUGGAACUGCUCAGUAACUGUUAAAGGAAAGUUUGGAGAGAGAAAAGCUAGCAGAGAUGUGGAGACAGCAGGUCAAACAGCGACUGGAUGCAGCAGAGGAGCAGAGACACGAAAUACUGGAUGCUGCUUUCAGCCCCGAACAUCGGCUGCACACAUCAGAUGUUCUGCUGGUUAAAAAAGAACCAAGUCCUGAUCUGGACCAGAACCAUCCAGAACCCGUCCACAUAAAGGAGGAAGAAGAGGAACCCUGGAGCAGCCAGCAGGGGGAGCCGCUCAGCAUGAAGGAGGAGGCUGAUGCCUCCAGAUCUCCAGUCAUUGCUGUUCUCAUAAAGAGUGAAGAUGAUGAAGAGGAACCUCUGAUCUCUCAUCUUCAUCAAACAGAAGAUGAAGAACUGCCAAGCAGCAGCUCAGCUCAGCAGAACCUGAAAGCAGAAAAGGGCUAUGGAGGAGCAGAAUGCACCAUAAAUCCGGAUCGAAACCCUCAUGGAGACGCUUCCAGCUCUUCAGAGACAGAGAUCAGUGAUGAUGACGAUGAGGUGAACCACCCUGGGUCAGAAGAUGAAGGCAAUGAGAAUGACUGCAAAGGCUUCAGAGAGAAUACAAACAUGGACCAGGAGGGGGAAGUCCAGACAGAUCUGAAAUGUUUUAAAUGUACUGAAUGUGGUCAAAGUUUUACCAAGAAAAACCAUCUCAAAGUUCAUGUGAAAGUUCACACUUUGGAGAAACCGUUUGGCUGUGAGGUUUGUGGACAAAGAUUUGAUGAAAAGUCCUAUUUAGACCAACACAUCAUAAUCCAUUCAGAAGAAAAAACAUUUGUUUGUAACGUCUGCAGACAAACGUUCAGCCAAAGAACACAUUUAAGCAGACAUAUGAAAAUCCACAGCGGGGAGAAACCGUUUGGCUGUGAUGUUUGUGGACAAAGUUUUAACAGGAAAUCCCAUUUAAACAGACACCUGAAAAUUCACACAGGAGAGAAACCUUUUGGGUGUGACAUUUGUGGACAAAGAUUUCAUGAAAAGGCCUAUUUAGACAGACACAUCAAAAUCCACUCAGGAGAAAAACCAUUUGCUUGUGAUGUCUGCGGACAAAGAUUUAGUAGAAAGGCACAUUUAGACCGACACAUGGGCAGCCACGCUGAUGAGAAACCUUUUGGUUGUGACGUUUGCAGACAAAGAUUUACCCACAAAUCUGCUUUAAACAGACACAUGAUUAUUCACACAGGAGACAAACCUUUUAGCUGUGAAGUUUGUGGACAAAGAUUUAACCAAAAGUCAGUUUUAAUGACACAUGUAAGGAUCCACACAGGAGACAAACCCUACGCCUGUGAUUUUUGUGGACUAAGGUUUAACCAAAAGUCAAAUUUAAACAGCCACAUCAAAAUCCAUACAGGAUACAGACCGUUCAGUUGUGAUGUUUGUGGACAAAAAUUUAACCGAAAAGGAAAUCUAAACAUGCACAUGAGAACCCAUGCAGCAGGGAAGAAUCUUUAGAUACUCCGAUGGUUGAGGAAAAAACGCGGACAUGUUCUGACUUAGAUCACUGCAAAUUAAAUGGGUCUUUACUCCAGAACUUUUUUAGCUUCUUUUUUUUCAUGAAAAAUGUAUUUGGUUUCAGAAACAUUUAAUCACGAGCAGAACAGACAAUAAUCGAUAGUCGAUUUUAUCAGAUUGUUGAGAAAAGUGCUGAUGUAUCUGCCGUCGUCUCAGCAGCAAAGACUCAGCUGAAUUUUAAACAGGCUUAUCUUUGGUCAGCACAUCCCAUUGUAACCAGCAGCGCCCCCUACUGUCUGAAACAAGGAGCCAAUGGUGAUCUGUGGGCUUGUUUUCUGAAGGACAAAACAUCAUUGGUUCUCUUCAAUGAGUCUCAUGAAUUAGACCCAUGAGCUAAAAAAAUUAGCUGGAGCUAAAACAAUUAGCUGGAGCCAACACCAGUAGCUAGAGCUAAAACCAUUAGCUGGAGCUAACACCAUUAGCUGGAGCUAGUGCAAUUAGCUGGAGCUGACACCAUUAGCUGGUGCUAAUAGCAUUAGCUGGAGCUAACUCCAGUAGCUGGUGCUAGUGCCAUUAGCUGGAACCAACACCAGUAGCUAGAGCUAAUACCAUUAGCUGGAGCUAACAGUAUUAGCUGGAGCUAAAACCAUUAGUUGGAGCUAAAACCAUUAGCUGGAGCUAAAACCAUUAGCUGGAGCCAACACCAGUAGCUAGAGCUAACAUAGUAACAGACCGAAUCAGAACAUCUAGACCCACGGUGCUCAGACGGGUCCAGAACAUGGGCUGAGGAGAACCAGAACCAGACUGCUGCUCAGAGGUCCAAAGUCCUUUAAGUUUUUAUUUCAAAUCAAGGUGGUCCAACAGAACUUGGCUUUCAUUCUGCCAGAACCUUCAAGUGUGUGAGAACCCGUCUGCCCUCCAGACAGUGUGAGGAAGAUGUUAGCCGGCCUGCAGCUGUUUGUGGUCCUAAUGUUUCAGCUGAUUGUCGUAAAUACGUCAACGGACACAACUUUGAAAAAAUAAAUAAAUCAUCACGUUUAAUCAA